CUGACGAGAAAGUCUUCCUCAUCGUUGCUGGAUUCUGGGGACAGGUCGAGUAUCGAUCCAAGCAGCUCGCGCCAUGGCAAUCCAUGAGGCAGAGGCUGCGACCGGCAUCGCAGAGCCUGCUGCUUGAUUAUAUCACGCCGUGGAAUGUCAUUUCCAUGUUUCGCUCGAUGAAGCAGAAACACUGGGCUGUUGCGCUCUCUGUGCUGGGGUCUCUGCUUAUCACAUUGCUUACCGUCUUUUCAACCGGUCUGUUUAUGUUGGAGAGUGUGCGACUGGAGAACAUUCCGACGACGUUGAAAGCUUCCGCACAAUUCAGCAGCAGUGGAUACGAUAGCAAAAUGGUGGACGGUGUUCCUGUCUUGAGUGUUGCUGGGAUUCGACAGUUCAAUCUUUCUUAUCCAACGGGGACGACGGAUAAGUAUGCCUUUUCGCCUUUCAACGCGCCCAGCACAAGUACAGGCACAAACAAAGUCAUCACCGGCAGGGUGAAUCUGUUCUCUGCAGACCUCGAAUGCGAACAAGGCAAACUCACCAAUUACACCGCGUACAAUGUCACCGGGGGCAGUAGCGGUGGGCCUAUUAGCAUCAUACCAACCGCGAAUCUCACGCUCAGCUCGCCGUCAUGCGAUACAGAUCCUAUUCAGACGACGAUAUUCGCCGUACCCGAUCAGAACAGUACCGCUGCCGAUGUAUUUUUUGAGAAGUGCACGGGUAAUGGCCAGACCGGCUCACGACUGAUAUUUGUGAGCGCAAGGAUGCUGAGGGCUGGGUCGUACCACAGCAUAUCACCGGGCGCAUUCUUUUGCAAGCCCACAUACACGAUAUCCAAAGGAUUGGUCUCAUUGUUUGCGAAUAACCAGAGUGUCACUCGUCUCGUUCCUCUCAGGAAUGAAACAUCCCGCCGCGAUGCAAUUCCAGGCAUUGGGUAUUCCGAGAUCAUCUCGUCCUUGAACUCGAGUCUGCUGGGAGCGGAGAAGCCAGUCACGGGGGUCUCUACGGGGAAUACCAGCAUCAACCACCUUGGGACUUUCUACAAGAUAGCAAACAUGUCUUCCCCGUUUGACGCAGAGAGUCUUUUUGAGCCAUCGUCUUUCCAGAACAUCUCCACAAGAACAUACCAGUCGCUAGUUGCACAAAUUGCAAGACAGAACUUCAUGACCUCGUCUGACAGUGAGUUCACAGGGACAUAUUCCGCCACCCAGCAAAGACUUAUUGUCAGAGAACUGUCUGUGCGAGCCAUGGAAGCGAUUCUGGCUGUUCUGAUUCUGGUAGCUGCAGUCAUGCUGGUCUGUAGACCAGUGCAUUCAACGCCCCGUGAUCCCGGUCCUCUGUCCGGUCUCACAGCGAUAUUAUCCAGGAGUCCUCAAUUAACGGAAAGGCUUGAUGGGACACAGAAUAAAAAAGACAUGAAAGCAAGGUUGGCCAAUGGUCUAUAUAUCGGCGAGGUUGCUAGCCAGAGCGGCGAGAAGACGUUCCGCAUCAAGGCAAAGUACCAGGGAAACAAUAAAGCUCAUACUGGUGCUACCAUCUCAUGGUGGCAGCCCAUAUCUCGGUGGUGGCAAACUGUCACAAUACUUCUUCCUAUCUUGAUCAUCGGCGGAUUGGAAGCCGCAUACCAAGUAUCGAAGAGUAAAGAUGGGCUGGGGACUAUCACGUCUACUGGAUAUAUCCAAUAUGUCUGGGUGUAUAUACCUGCACUGGUGAUGUUGCUUGUCCGGAUCUUCAUAAAUGGCAUUCACUUCUCCUUAAUGAUUCUCCAGCCCUAUCUUCAAUUAAAACGCGGAGCAGCGACUGCUAGCAGCAUGAUGGAGAACCACCUUUCUAAGAUCACACUAUAUUCAUUCUGGUGUGCCCUGUUUAAGAAACAGUUUAUUCUUGCUGCAUCUGCCCUGUCUGUUAUUAUUGCCCCUAUCUUAACCAUCGCUGUAAGUGGUUUAUACUCGACCGAGGAUGUGCCAGUCCCUCGCCCAGUGUCAAUAAUGGCGAGUGAUUCUUUUAACGAACACGGAGGACCUGCCCAUGAUAAUGGCCGAACAGCAUCAGCGCUCAUCGGGUCGUUGAUUGUGGCAAGAAACAUGUCUUAUCCAGCCUGGACGUACGACGAGCUCAUCACUCCAACUCUGCGGGAGGACUCCGUGACUGACCUGGACGGGGAUCUUCCCUAUCAACCAUCAAACAAGACCUCCGACGACUCUGCGCUGAUAGACCUGACACUUCCAGCGCUCCGAGUUAGUCUAAACUGCACCUCUCUGCCGAGGAAGAACAUCUCAUUAAAGAGCUUUCCAGCCGGGGGUUCAUCUGACUGGGAGUUACAGAUGCACUUUGGCUCCGACUGCCGAGCUUAUUCUGGUACAACGAUGACAGUCAAAAGCAACAAUCCAAAUGCUACCCAGACAGUCUUUGGACAGUUUACAGAUUAUAUAGCCUCCUUCAACGGCUGUCCCCAAAUAGCAGCACUGUACGGUACCCUGACUCCGCACAACUCUACCAGUGGCGUCCAUGGAUUCGCCUGCAAACCAUAUUUGAACCAGGUUGAAGCCAGAACGACACUUGCCUACCCAGGGCUGCAGAUCCAGUCAUUGGAUGUGGACGAAUCAACUAUGAAGCCAUCUAAAGAUUUCGCCUUUCCAACUAUCAUUACUUCCAUGCCCAACAUCACUAAUAGCGCUGGCAACAAGGCCUUUGACAGCUUUUUCUCCAUCAUAACGAGCAUCCAGGGAGCCUUGAAUACAUCCGACAUUGUGAAUCCAGAUGCCAUGCCGUCAGUCAUCAAUGCUACGCAACACCUCUACCGGGUUCUCAUGGCUCAAUAUCUCAAUGCGGAGGCUCGUACUGCCUCCUCCACCUCGAUACCAUAUAACGGGACCAUAUGGGACCCUACACCAGUGCGUCUUGUGCAGAGUGUGGUUUCCACACGCAUCUUGGACGGGUGCCUUGCCGCAAUGACAAUAUGUUCUCUCAUUGCGGUUUUCGGGACUCGAACUAGAAAAAUACUCCCUAUCAAUCCGUGCUCUAUCGCUGGUGCUACGACAUUACUAGCCGGUUCGGACAUGUCGAAGUCCGACGUUUUCCCACCAGAAUCAGAGUGGUGCAGUGACAAGGAAAUGACAAAACAGGGCUUAUUGAGCGGACUGAUAUUCGGGCUUGGAUGGUGGGAUAGACAGAGAUACGGAAUUGAUAUCGGGAAACCGGCGGAAACGCCAUAAUUUUAAAAUACAAAUAGCCUAUGAUUAAUGCCUUGAGAUAGUAAGCAAUAAUGACCAUUUCUAGUUAAGUCAUAGAGUGUAAGUUAUCCUAUGUCAAUCAACA